AUGGUUGACAAGGACUUCAAAGUUGUCAUCGCCGGUGGUGGCAUCGCCGGCCUCGGCCUUGCCAACAUGCUGGAAAUGGCCGGAAUUGACUGGGUUCUGCUCGAAUCACACAGCGAAAUUGCACCUCAGGUCGGAGCCAGCAUUGGUCUGUUCCCAAAUGGUUUGCGAAUUCUUGAUCAGAUGGGUGUCUAUGAGGCCAUUCGAGCCACAUGGGGUUACCAUCCGAUGAGUAACACCAACCGUGACGCCAAGGGUCGAGUUAUCUGCUUUAGUCCGGGUAUGGGCGAUCACCUCGAGGAGCGACACGGGUACCCUUUUAUUUUCAUCGAUCGACGAAGCCUUCUCCAAAUUCUAUUCGAUAAUCUAAAACACAAAGACAGGGUUCACCUCGGAAAGAAGGUGGCAAUCGUGGAUAUGGGGGAACAGGGAGUGAAGGUUACUACCGCCGAUGGAGACACGCUUGAAGGUGACAUUCUGGUGGGCGCGGAUGGUGUUCACAGCAGAGUAAGAGAGGAGAUGUGGCGUAUCGGUGAACGGAUCCAGCCAGGGGUCUUCCUCGAGGACCGGGAAUCUCCCGUUUCAUGCAGGUACAAAUGCGUCUUUGGAAUCUCCGAGAUGUCCGAGGGCCUCGAUUCCAACGAAUUUGUCUGUGGGGAUGGACAUUCAUAUCUCAUAUCCCCAGGGCCAGGUAAGCGGACAUACUGGUUUCUGUUUGCGAACACAGGCAAUGGCUUGGUGGAUAGAGACCAGAUACCCCGGUAUACGAAAGACGAAGAAACGUCACUUGUUCAGAAACACCUACGUGAUCCGAUUGCCGAGAGACAUACUUUCGGCGAUCUCUAUGAGAGCCGCCUUUACUCUACUCUCACUCCCCUCGUGGAGCAUGUUUUCAAGCGUUGGCACUUCGGCAGGAUCAUGCUGUUGGGAGACUCGGCCCACAAGCAUAACCCCAUCGCAGGCCAGGGGGGCAUGUCAGCGCUUGAGUCUGGGGCUGCGCUUAUCAAUGAGCUUCAAAGUUUGCUCAAACGAAAAGAUCUAAAGACCAUAUCGAACGACGACUAUGAUUCUAUGCUUACACGGACACAACGCCGCUUCGAGACCCGCGUAAAGGGGCUGGUCAAAGCUGCUAACGACCAACAGAGGCUGCUGGCGAAUGAUCAUCCUAUGUCUGGCUUGGUCCCUGGGUUUCUCGGGACUGUUGGAGGGCUUGAAUAUGAUCUGGGGCAUCUCAAAAAGAGAGUUGUAGGUGCAAUCAGUCUUCGUGAUUUCCCCCCGCCCAAACGACCACGGCUUGUUCCGUUCACGGAUGAGCUACCUGCGCGCCCUGUUCGUAAGAUGUGGAAGUUGAAAUGGCUGUCUAUCAUGAUGACCGGCUACAUUUUUUUUUGCUCAAGAGAACUGUACAACCUCCCAGCUCUACGGGGUAGUCUUGACGAUGUUGUAGGUUGGGGGCUACGGCAGACACAUGUGAGCUUUCUCAUGGACCAAAUUUGGUCAACAGUGAUGCCCACCUACUCUCACCUGAUUUUGGAACAUGGCCUUAAUAAGGUCCUGGUGUUUAUUGAAACAAUCCUAAUUUUGAUGUCUCUGGUUACUAUCUGGACGAUCGAAGGCUAUCGACUUGGCCACCAAAGGAGUAUUAUUCGCUGGCCAAUUAUGUUCUGGGUUGCUCUCAAGAUGAAAGGUCUUGGUUGCGCAACCUCUCUAUACUUUAUUUUGAAUAUGGCGUUUGGUAGCAAUACGAUUAUUGGACGACCAGUACCGCCCUCCGCUGUCAAAGCUGCUGCUCUAGCUUUCUGCAUCGUCUACUUCGCUGCUACUGCGCUUAUGGUGGUACCAAACUUCAAAGAGCAAUCAGUUCGGAUUUCAUUUGGCUUUUUGCAAUCCGUUCCUGUAUACAUUGGUGUAUUAACUGCACUCUUUACGGCGGUCCUCUCCCAAUCUACCAGCAUUGAAGGGCUAAAACAUUCCCCAUCGACUUCAACAAGGGGCGCCUCUGACAAAGGUACUGUCGUUGGUAGACGCAAUUGCGACGUUGUGUAUCUCAACAGACUAUACAUCCUCUUACACGUCUCCUUGGGUACCAUCCAUCUUGGGACGGCGAUUUUCGUUGCCGUGAAGCUAAGAAGGCAUUUCUCUCGCAUCCUACAGUCUUCAAACCAUCCUUUUCCCGGGUCUGUACCUGGUACUUCCGAACGCGCAUACAGCCAGUUGAUCUGGGAUCUUAUCUUUGCUUCGACAUCCCUCUUCGUUUUCUUGCUUCACACUGUCUGGAAUCUCCGUGGCACGGGGUAUAUUUCAACAUUACAUGCAUUCAAAGUAACUAUGAUGGUCUUAGUCGGCCAAAUCAUUGCUGGACCCGGUGCUACUUAUGCUGCUCUAUGGUAUUGGCGGGAAAAUCUACUCUCAGGGUUGUCAGAACAGUACUACUGA